AUUUUGUAUUUCCAGGCAUGAAUUUCCCUGGAAAAUGGGAAUUUCAACAUUUCCUGUCUCUCUUCUUGGGGCCUUUUUGUGCUGUCUGCUCCAGGCUGGGUCAGCACAGAAAUUUUGGGAUUUCCCAAUUUAAUUUUGUAUUUUAAUGCAGGAAUUUCCCUAAAAAAUGAGAAUUCCAUCAUUCCCUGUCUCUCCCUUUAGGGCUGCAGCCCCAGGGAUGGUCCCAGAGUGAAUCUGGGCUGAAUUUGGGGGAAUUUUUGGAUUUUUUUGGGGAGCCCCAAAUCCCUCCCCCAUUUUUGUGUCACUGCCCAGGGCUGGUGGCUUCCUGUGCUUUUGUCACAUCCCCGGAGCUGAGGCCCCUCCCAGGGUCCCCUGUGCAGCACAGCUGGGUCUGCAGGAGCCAUGGCAGGGAUUUCCUGGGCUGAGGAGUGUUUAAAGGGACAAAAUUCCCAAUUUCCAACGGGACAAAAUUCCCAAUUUCCAACGUGCUCAAAGCCAGCUCAGGAGGUUUGGGAGAAGAUUUGCAGCUUUUCAAUGGCACAAAUUUCCUGAUUUCCAACGGGACAAAUUUCCUGAUUUCCAGUGUGACCAAAACCAUCUCAGGAGGAGGUUUGGGAGCAGAUUUUCGACUUUGCAAUGGGACAAAUUCCCUGAUUUCCAACAGCACAAAUUUCCUGAUUUCCAGCAUGACCAAAGCCAUCUCAGGAGGAGCUUUGAGAGCAGAUUUUCAUCUUUCCAACAGGACAAAUUCCCUGAUUUCCAGCAUGACCAUCUCAGGAGGAGGUUUGGAAGAAGAUUUCCAUCUUUCCAACAGCGCCAAUCUCCUGAUUUGUAACGGCACAAACCUCCCGAUGUCCAACGCGACCGGAGCCGCCCUGGGAGUUCUGGGAGCAGAUCUGCAGCAUUUCCUGCUUGCUGUCACCUGCAGCCUGGUGCUGCUGCUGGGGCUGGCUGGCAAUGUGCUGUCCCUGUCCCUGCUGUCGUGCAGGGUGAAGCCUCUGUCGCAUUCGUACGUGCUGCUGCUGCAGCUGGCGCUGCUGGACUCGCUGCUGCUGGCCCUGCUGCCCCUGCACAUCCACUCCCAGCUGCUUGGGGACACCUGGACCUUUGGGGACAAGGCCUGCAGGGCCUCCAGGGCUGUGUUCUGCCUGCACAGCUCUCUGAGUGUGGCCUUGCUGAGCUGUUUCUGCCUGGCUCAGUGGUUGGCACUGCUGCACCCCUUGGUCUCCAUCCGCCUGCGCGCCGCUCACUACGCGCUGCUGGCCACGGCGCUGUGGCUGCUGGCCCUUGGUGCCACUGUGCCCCUGGUGCAGCCCAGCAGGGAGCUGGGGAGCUGCUUUGGGAGCUGCCCUGAGAGCUGGGCUCAGCCCACCACCCCUGGCACAGCGCUGGCUGUCACUCUGGGGGUGGCUGUCCCCUUUGUCACCGUGCUGCUGGCGCUGCCGCUGCUGGCCGCGAGCGUUUGGAGGAGCGGGCGCAGGGCUGGCAGGAGGAAAGCUCUGGCCACCAUCUCCUUGGUGUUGGCCAUCUGUGGCCUCUGCUUCGUGCCCCAGCAGCUCAGCCAGCUGCUGCAGCUGCUGCUGGGCACCCCCCAGCAUCCCUUGCUGCCCAAAGUGCAGAGGGUGAGCGAGGCCCUGGCGAGCUGCAGCUGCUGCCUCAAUCCCCUCCUGUAUCAUUUCCACGCCUCCAGCAAAACCUGGCACUGCCCCUGCAGCCUCAGGAACAGGCCUAAGAGGGUGUUCACCAUCUGUGAUCGCAAUUUUGGGGACCCUUCUUGGGGUUACAGAGGCUGGAUGGAAAAUCCGCGGGGGUGGAACGAGCUGGUGCAGUGCGGGGACGCGCGGAGCUGAAAUUCCCGAUUAUCGCCUCAAAAAUGAGCCUGGAAAUUCCAAUUUUGUUCCAUGUGCAGGUGGAGAUUUUCAUCAGAAAAUUGGGACAGUCCUUGGAGCCUCCAGAGCACUCCUGGCUUUGUGUUCAGGGGUGUUUUGGGGGUCAAUCUGUUGGAUUUUGGGGCUGGUAGAACGUGGGGAAGGAAAUCCAGGGAGUUGUGGAUUCCUGCUGGGAAAUCCAUGGAAUUGUGGAUCCAUGGAAUUGUGGAUCCUGCUGGGAAAUCCAGGGAAUUGUGAAUCCCUGCUGGGAAAUCCAGGGAAUUGUGGAUUCUUGCUGGGAAAUCCAGGGAAUUGUGGAUUCCUGCUGGGAAAUCCAGGGAAUUGUGGAUCCCUGCUGGGAAAUCCAGGGAAUUGUGGAUUCCUUCUGGGAAUUGUGGAUCCUGCUGGGCUUUCCCUGCUCCCUCCCAGGCUGUGCUCACAUUCCACAGCCAAACAGAGGCUUCUGCUCCUGCCUGAAGAACAUUCCAGAAUUCCAGGCUGGACAUUGAUGGAUGGAGGUUGGGAAGGGAGCAGAUAUUUGUUAAAUCCCAGGAUUUAUCAGUCAGAGCUCUGUGCACUGGGUGGUCUUGAGAUGUCCCAAGUUCAUUUUUCCACUCCUUUUUGGAGACAUAAACACAAUUAUCUGACCUUUCCUCCCCCUUUUUUUGGAUCAGCAGAGCCCACGUGGCUUCUGAGAACUGAGUUUCCAUCCCCUGUGAAACGUGAGACUCUGCAGAGGGUUUUUUUGGUUUUUUUUUCAUUUGUGGGCACCAGCAAACCACAGGCCUGGCUUAAAAGCUGCUUAGAGCUGAGCUUAGUGCAGAGGAUGUGGGGUUUUGGUGUGAGAGGCACAGGCUGAGCUCUGCUCCUUCAAACAUCACUCUGAGAGCAGCACAGCAACAAAAAUCAAGAUUUGAAUUUGCAAAUUCGGCCUAAAAUUCAGCUUGAUUGCACACUUAAUUAAUUUUUGUUAAAAUCCCAGGUUCUGGUCUCUCCUUUCCUCUGUUUUGCUCUUAGCUCAGAGCAAUUUUUAAAUGCUGGUGAGAAAAAUCAGCUCAAACUUUUCCAAAAUUAUGAUCUCUGUGUUGCCUGGGAAGGUUUGGUGAAAAUCCUGGAGCUGAUUGAACAGAAAUUGCCAUUUUUAUCCCAUUUCUGGGCUGUGGGAAAUCCUCCCAGCACUGCAGAGAUUUUUUUUUUGUUUUGUCAGCCAAGCACAAUCUUUAUGGAUUAAGAUUAAAAAAAAAAAAAGGGUCGGAGGCUCCUUGAGCUGGGAAUUAAAUCAGUUUUGCUGCUUGGUUCUCAGCACAUUUAGGUUUUUUUUGUUUUUACUUUCUGCAGCUCCUGUGAUGCUUUUAUACUUUGAAUUUUAAUUGUUGCAGGCAGCACUGAGGGAAUUUUCAGCUGUGGGAGGGGAAAACACUGAGUAAAACUUCUA